UGGCAACACUGUACGAGUCCUUUGGAAGUGGAAGGCCACAAGUGCGGUGUGAUCGUAGGACUGACGCCGUUUUGAUCAUCGUUUUUCAAACAAUCUCUAAUCUCCAACAUGCGAGGCGGAGUACGUGGCCGCGGCCGCCCCGGGAGACCCGGUGGAAUGUUCAAGCCGAAAGUUUUUGUCCCGCACCUUCCUUUCGACUUCUACGUUUCGGAGCAACUGUUCCAGAGGGUGAAACCAGCCCCCGAUGACAGCGCAUUGACUCAAGCUCUCCUCAAGAAGAAUCAGGAUUUAACACCGACAUCUGCAGAACAGACAGCCAUUUUGAACUUGGUCACAAAGAUCCAAGCAGUUCUUGACAACCUCACCGUGGCUCCUGGAAGCUUUGAAGCUUGUCAAAUCGAAGAGGUGCGCCAAGUUGGGUCAUUCAAGAAGGGAACCAUGAUGGUUGGAAACAAUUCUGCAGAUAUUGUUGUGAUCCUGAAGACUCUGCCAACAGGUGAAGCGGUGCAAGCAUUGGCCAACAAGGUGCUGGAAGAAGUGAAGGCUGCAGAUCCUGCAUUGAAGGUGACCCAGCAGGUGACUGAUGCCGGGUUCGACCUGAAGGGCCCCGAUGGCGCAGUAGCCAAGAUCCUCAUCAGCACGGUGCCGCAGAAUUUGCGCAAACUGGAUCCGGAGCUGCACAUGAGCCAGAAGCUUCUGCAGAACCACCUGACGGCCAUCCGCCACUCACGCUGGUUCGAAGAGAACGCCCACCACUCGAGCAUCAAGGUGCUGAUCCGCAUCCUGCGAGACCUGCGCAGCCGCUUUGAGGGUUUCCAGCCACUCACCCCAUGGAUUAUCGAUCUGCUGGCCCACUAUGCCAUCAUGCACCACCCAAGCAGGCAACCACAGGCCAUCAACAUUGCCUUCAGGCGAGUGCUGCAGCUGCUGGCGGCGGGCCUGUUCCUGCCGGGGUCGGCCGGUAUCCCGGACCCCUGCGAGGGCGGCACCUUCAGGGUGCACACCAUCAUGAGCCUGGAGCAGCAGGAUCUGGUGUGCCUGACUGCGCAGAACUUGCUGCGCAUCCUGUCUCACGGGGGUUACAAGAGCGUCCUCGGCAUUGGUGGGCCGCAGAAGAUAGAGACGGAAACCACUGUGCUGGAAGGUGUGGUGAUUACGCCCCUGACCAAGGCAUACGAAAAGCUCCCAGAGAAAAAAGAGGACGAAGAGAUGGAUCAGGAGGAAGAGGACACCAUGGAAACUCAGGAGCAGCCCCAGUAAUCAGCUCACUGGCUCAGGGGUACAUUGGAUUUUGUUCAUUCUCAUUGUCUUGUGCACUUCGAAAUAAAACUCAUCUCAAAAGUC